AUGACAUGCGGCCACUUCCUCCACUGCGAGCUGCAGCCCCACCAGACCGCGGCUCGGGACGCCUUCGUCAAGUGCUACCUGGAGGCGUCGCCGCGGGGGUCGGUCUGGGACAAGAUCCCCGCCCAGCGCCUGCAAAACUUCGAGGAAGGGAGCGGCUCCAAGCAGGACGAGGCCGAGGGGGCGUUUCUCGAGGGCUCGCUGCGCUCGAUGAUGAAGUGCCUCGACGAGUACUUCUUCUUCGGCACCCUGACGCGCCUUCAAGAGGGCCAGCAGCACCUGUUGCUGGUUCUGGAGACGGGAUUCGGCCUGCUGAAGGCGGAUGUCGCCGAGGGCCGUUAUGGCGACACAACGACCUACCUUAACCACUGGACCAAUGCUGACCAUGCAUACGCUCGUAUACGAAUCUGGAGCAGAAUUGCGUGCGAUAGCCCACAGAGACGAGAUGGCGGCAGGGAGACACAGAGGUUACCAUUCGCCCAGAAUGUCUCGACAUUGAUCCACGAGAUGGUGCACGCGUACCUCAGCAUUUUUGUCUGCGCAGGCGCACAGUGCAAAAGAAACAUCCUCAACACAACCGGCCUGACUGGACACGCCUCCACGUUCGUCAAGCUCUACGCCCUGGUCCUGGGGGAGGUCCGGAAGUGGCACCCCGAACUCGGGACUCUGGAUGAACACCAAUGCAUUCCCGGCACUUCGAUCGUCAGAAAAAACAUUGUCUUCGAGGCCAUGACGCGUCAGGAAUGGGAAUCUGACGGUCGAGACCGAGGCUUGCUGCCCCUCAGGGCCGACAGCCCCCGGAAUCUCGUCCGUCAGACGGAGGAGCUGAUCAAUGGCAUAUCCGUGAUGAGCAUCACUUACCGCAGGCCUCGGUCAAGGAUCCCUGGACAGGAGGAGGCCGACGAGAGCUGCGACGCGGAUGGCGUGUGUAGGGUGACAUGA